CUCCCUCUCCUCCCCUCCCGCUUCCACUGAGGCACAGAGAGCAUUCUCUCUCUCUCUCUCUCUCUCUCUCCCUCCAUCUCCAUCUCUCUCUUUCCCUUUUCUCUCCUCCUUCUCUCUUUCCUCUGAGAGGGAUUACGUGAAACACCCUGUGAACAAAUUAAAAAUACCCACUCAUGUUUUAUUGAGUGUCAAGCCUCUAGUCAGUCGAGUGCCCGUACCAGAGAGCACAACUGAAGGUGUGUGUGUGAGUGUGUUGUCCAGGCUGCACUGUCCGUGAGUGCGCAUGAGUUGGAGCAGGCGUGUGUGAGGAGCGUCGUCGGGUCUUCUGUGGCAUUCCGGUGGGUCAGAGGUUUCGGAGCGGUGGCGGUCUUGUGAGUGGUGAAGUGACCAUGCUGAGGAAGAGGGGCUCGCAGGAGCAGCUGAUGGACCGCGAGGUACUGCUGGACCUGGACUACACCGGGGAGACCCAGAGCGCUGGGGACGGCUACGGGAGCCUGCAGAAUGGAGGCUUCAUCCCACCCCGAUAUCUUACGGCCGCCGCUGAUGACGACGAUGACCCCAUCUACAUCCACAGCUACAACCCACAGAGCGAGCCGGCCGCAGCGCCUAAAGGCAAUUACUUCAGAGAUGGGAAGACCAAAAUAGACUUUGUGCUGGUGUGGGAGGUGAAAUCGCGGCGGAAGCGACGCUCCCGGGCGAAGUCUCAGGGCGAGGCGGCGGUGCCCGGCGAGGAGGCCGCUCACGAAGAGAGCCGCACGGAGAAGAAGAGGGCCAUGCAGGCGAAGCUCAGGGAGAGGUUCAUCCACCACCUCCAGAGCUCAGGGCUGCUCAUGGAGAAGGAGGAAUCCACCAGUGCGAAGAAGACGGUCCACUACCUGAAGCUCAGCGCUCCCUGGGACGUGCAGGUGUACUACGCUGAGGAGUUGUGUCUCCGGGCCCCGCUGCAGGCACAACCAAAUCCAGAAUUCAACACAUCAGCCCGGGUGCUUAAGAAGCUGUGUGUGCCGAACAUCAUGGCAGACUCUGUGCCAAACAGGCCAGUGGACUACUACACGUGUGCCUUCCGCAAGUCCAAAAUGGACAAGUUUCUUGGCUCUGAAAAUCAAGAAACUUAUUUCACCAACAAACAGAGACAUCGGAUAGUGUACGAGAUUCUGGCGCGGGCCCCGUACGGCAAGCGCAAGCGAGCGGAGGUGGGGGUAGCUCGUCUGCUGAACGAGGGGGCCUUCACAGCGGCCUUCCCCCUGCACGAGGGCCCGUUUGAGCUGCCCGACUACGAGGUGCAGCCCGACCAGCUGAAUCAGAGGCAGGUCCUCUACCACUACUGGGCCCGCUGGUCAAAGUGGUACAAGUACCAGCCUCUGGACCACAUCCGCGAGUAUUUCGGGGAGAAGAUCGCACUUUAUUUCGCAUGGCUUGGUUUCUACACAGCGUGGCUUCUUCCUGCCGCCCUGGUCGGCACGUUCGUCUUCGUGUCGGGGAUCAUGACCAUGGGCUCCAACACGCCCGCUAAAGAAAUCUGCGAGAGUGGCGGCCGUUAUCUGAUGUGCCCACUUUGUGAGACCUGCAAGCCCUGGAACAUGUCAGACAUCUGUCCCAUGGCCAAGGUGGGCUACCUCUUUGACCACCCCGGCACGGUCUUCUUCAGCAUCUUCAUGUCCCUGUGGUCCGUCACAUUCUUGGAGUACUGGAAACGCAAGAACGCCACCCUGGCCCACCACUGGGACUGCAUGGACUUCCAUGAGGAAGAGGAGCGUCCCAGGCCGGAGUUUGCCGCCAUGGCGCCGGGCAUGGAGCAGAACCCGGUGACGGGCGUGAAGGAGCCCUACUUCCCGGAGAAGGCACGCAUCUCGCGCAUGCUGACCGGCUCUAUGGUCAUCAUCAUAAUGCUGUGUGUGGUGAUGAUCUUCCUGGUGACGGUCAUCAUCUACAGGAGUAUCGUGAGUGUGAUGAUGUAUGAGACGGGCAGUUCCGUGUUGCGGACUCAGGCUGGGAACAUUGCCAACAUCUCAAGCAGUAUGGUGAACUUGGCUCUCAUUCUGCUGAUGGGGCAGGUGUACACUGCAUUAGCAGAACAGCUCACUAAAUGGGAAAUGCACCGAACGCAGACCCAGAAUGAAGAUGCGUUCACCUUCAAAGUGUUCAUCUUCCAGUUUGUCAACUUCUACUCGUCUCCUUUCUAUGUGGCAUUCUUCAAGGGAAGAUUUGUGGGAUACCCAGGCCACUAUGGUACUUUGUUUGGGAUGAGAAAUGAGGACUGUGGGCCGGGAGGCUGCCUUAUUGAGCUGGCAGAGCAGCUGUUUAUCAUCAUGGUGGGAAAGCAGCUCAUCAACAACAUGCAGGAAUUUGUGAUCCCAAAAGUGAAAGCGUGGCGGCAGAAGAGAGCCUUGGCGUCUGUGAGGAAAGCUCAAGUCUCCCACGAGCCUCAGCGGUGGGAGCAGGAUUAUGAGCUGAUUGAGUGCGAGGGCUUGUUUGAGGAGUAUCUGGAGAUUGUCCUGCAGUUUGGCUUCAUCACCAUCUUCGUGGCCGCGUUCCCUCUGGCACCACUGUUCGCUCUGCUCAACAACUGGGCCGAGGUGCGACUGGACGCCCACAAGUUUGUGUGUGAGUACCGCCGGCCAGUGGCCGAGCGCGCCCAGAAGAUUGGCGUGUGGUUCACCAUCCUAGAGGCGCUGUCUCACCUGUCCGUCAUUGUCAAUGCUUUCCUGAUUGCUUUCACCUCUGACUUCUUGCCGCGUCUGCUCUACCAGUAUAAAUAUGAUAAUCAGCUGCAUGGCUAUGUGAACUUUACCUUGGCCUACUCCCCACCCAGCUACAACCACACAACACAUGCCAUGUGCAGAUACAAAGCCUUCCGAGACGAAAAUGGAAACUACACUCUGGUGUACUGGGAGCUGCUGGCAGUCAGACUGGGUUUCAUCAUUGCAUUCGAGCAUGCGGUGUUCUUCGUGCUGCGGGCCAUUGACUGGAUGGUGCCGGACGUGCCCGAGUCCCUGGAGCUGAAGAUCAAGCGUGAGCGCUACCUGGCCAAGCAGGCGCUGGCCGACAACCAGGAAGCACUGCUGGUGAGUCGCCUCUUGGCCUCCAGCCCAGCAAGCAACACACCUGGCAAACUGAGGCAAGCCUGUAGUGAGGGCAUGCGUCCAGCAGAGGGCAGCAUCGCAAAGGGAGGACCUAACGUCUCCAGCACUGAUUCGGCUGGGACGCCUUAGCAGUUCUGCUGUCUGUCAGUGAAACCACUUGCACAUGGUCGGAUACUUGUCGAUCAGAAAAGAUUCUUAUUUGUUGUUGUGUUUUGUGUGUGUGUUUAAAGGGAAUGUUUAUGAAUAAUUGUGUGUGUGAAUCUGUGACUGUGUGUGUGUGUGUGUGUGUGUGUGUGUGUGUGUGUGUGUGUGUGUGUGUGUGUGUGUGUGUGUGUGUGCAGUGGUUGAUACUGGUUAUAUUGUGGUUUUCAUGUUGUACAUUGCACACUUGUUAUGCCAAAUUUGAUCUCCUCCAAUGUCAUCGUUUACCUCCGGCUCAAAAGUUACAACUAUCCUUACUCUCUUUCUCUGCUCUAGCAAGUCCAGUACAGUUACACUGUAUCAAAUCCAAAACAGCAAGAGAAGACAUGUUCUGCUUUGCUACAAUACUGCUUCAGUAUACAUGUGCUGUACAUGAAUAUAGAUUUGUACAAAUGACUAAAUAAGCAUAUGGUUCCUGCCUCUGACAUUGUACCAGUUGAAAUGGCUACUGUAAAGGAUAUGCUGUAAAAAGACAUGCUACUGUAAAUCAUAAUUGUAAACAUGGCUGAGGUCAUGUAAUGCAGAUGAUUUGUUUAUGUGCAGGCUGUUUUAUUGUUUAAUUACAAUUUUGGAAAUAAAAAUCUAGUUUGAAUGUU